AUGGCUCCUUUCACUCCUCGAGGAGGCGGCCGUGGUGGUCGUGGCGGCGCUCGUGGAGGCCGCGGUGGUUUCGGUGGUGAUCGCGGCGGCUUCGGUGGCCGUGGUGGUGCGCGCGGCGGACGAGGUGGUGGCCGUGGUGCUCCCCGUGGCGGUCCUCGCGGUGGUGGCCGAGAACGGAAAGGUGGUCCUCGCGGUGGUCGCGGCGGUGCUGGUGCUGGUCAGCGAGGUGGUGCCAAGGUCAUUGUUGAGCCUCACCGUCACCCCGGCGUCUUUGUCGUCCGUGGUGGUAAGGAAGAUGGUCUUGCUACCCGCAACACAACACCUGGCGAGUCUGUCUACGGCGAGAAGCGCAUCUCCGUCGACGAGUCUGUCCAGAACGACGAUGGCACCACUACCACCACCAAGAUCGAGUACCGCAUGUGGAACCCCUUCCGAAGCAAGCUUUGCGCUGCCAUCGCCGGUGGUGCUGAUGAGAUCUACAUCAAGCCUGGCUCUCGCGUCCUCUACCUUGGUGGUGCCUCCGGUACCUCCGUCUCUCACGUCGCUGACAUUGUCGGUCCUACUGGCUACGUCUACGCCGUCGAGUUCUCUUCCCGAUCCGGCCGUGAUCUCAUCACCAUGGCCUCCAAGCGACCCAACGUUGUUCCCAUUGUUGAGGACGCCCGUCAGCCUGCCCGUUACCGCAUGAUCGUCCCCAUGGUCGAUGUCAUCUUUGCCGAUGUUGCCCAGCCCGAUCAGGCCCGUAUUGUCGCCAUGAACGCCAACUGGUUCCUCAAGGUUGGCGGUGGUGUUCUCAUCUCCAUCAAGGCCAACUGUAUCGACAGCACUGCUCCCGCUGCCGAGGUCUUCGCCAACGAGGUCCAGAAGAUGCGAGCUGAGUCCAUCAAGCCCAAGUUCCAGCUUACCCUGGAACCCUUCGAGCGUGACCAUUGUUUGGUUGCCGGUGAGUACCAGCGCUACAAGUCCUAG